GAGAGUCGACUCUGUUCGCGAUCGACUCUUUGCCCUAGCUUAAGUUAGCCAGCUAGAUAAAUGGCGAGUGCUGCGAGUUGAUGGGUCAGAUCUCGCUGUCGCAAUUAAAAUCUUCUCGAAUUUUCUUUGUGUUCUGUCUCGUUAACUGUCCCAUGUCGCUAUAGCAACCCGGAUAAAGUGGCUAAUCGGAGCUAUGCCAAGAUUCCGCUUGAGUUUGGUGUGUUUCGGUUCACUGCUGUUAUUUAUCGGUGCUUCUACACAUCGUGGAUCCUCGCAUUUAAUCACAGAUGAGAUUCCCUUUAAAAUCAACUGGCCUGGGGAACAUUUCAGCUUGCCCGACUCCGGAGCCCUUUAUGAAGAAGAUGACUUUCUUAUAAUGACAACGACAGAAAAGGAGAAAUACAAGUGCUUAUUGCCUUCUCUGUCUAAGGGAGAUGAGGAUGAAGAGAAGGAGUAUAAGGGUCCCGUUCCAGCUGUUCUUCUCGCACCGUUAUUCAAACAGAGCAGCUGCUCAUACAGGAUUGAGUCUUACUGGUCCUAUGAGGUGUGCCAUGGUAAACACGUGAGGCAGUAUCACGAGGAAAAAGAGACUAGUCAGAAAGUGAACGUUCAGGAGUAUUUCCUGGGAACCAUGACCAACAAACACACUGAUUCUUCAGAAGAAUCAGAAGCUAGCAAAGCUGAGGAUGCUGCCAAUGAAAGACUGGACCUCAGCAUGGAGGUGCCCACUAAGAAUAUAGAAGGCCAGCUUACCCCUUAUUUCCGGGUGGAGAUGGGGAAUGGGACCCCAUGUGUGUUGAAACAGGAUAAACCUCGUUCUACGUCUGUGCUGUACGUGUGUCAUCCGGAGGCUAAACAUGAGAUCCUUUCCAUUGCCGAGGUGACAACCUGCGAGUAUGAGGUGGUCGUGCUCACACCACUGCUCUGUGCUCAUCCUAAAUGUAGGUUUAAGUCUUCGCCAGUGAAUGCCAUAUUUUGCCAGGCGCUGGCAGGCUCUCCGCUCCGACCCAACAGCCUCUCUCAACUGGGCAAGCAGCAGGAAGAGCUACUUGGGCCACAUUUCAGCCCUCCCACUGAGCGAGAAGAGGACACAUCGCCUGUGCGUGAGGAAGCUUUUAGCUCUACCCACAAACCCAUGGCAGCAGGUGGACACAACCAGGUGACGGUGGGAACCACCCACAUAUCUCGACUGACCGACGAGCAGCUCAUAAAGGAAUUUCUGAGCGGCUCAUAUUGCCUACAUGGGGGUGUGGGAUGGUGGAAAUAUGAAUUCUGCUACGGAAAACAUGUGCAUCAGUAUCAUGAGGACAAAGAACAAGGGAAGAGUAUUGUAGUGGUGGGAAGUUGGAAUCAUGCUGAGCAUUUAGAGUGGUCUAAGAAGAACGUGGCACGCGCCUACCAGCUUAAAGACGAGGGAACCCAGAAAGUGAAGGUGGUAUCUCACUUCUACGGCCAUGGAGAUGUGUGUGACCUCACCGGGAAGCCAAGACAAGUCACUGUAAAGCUCAAGUGUAAAGAAUCCGAAUCUCCUCACGCUGUUGUUGUGUAUCUCUUGGAACCCCAGACCUGCCAGUAUAUUCUUGGUGUUGAGUCGCCAGUGAUCUGUAAAGUCUUGGACACAGCCGAUGAGAACGGCCUUCUAUCCCUCCCCGGAUAGAAAUAAGACGUACUUACGUAGCGAAGAAGAUAAAUAUAAUAUUUGGCGUGAAAUGUACAUUUCUGAAGGAAAGCAGUGUGCCUGGACCCAGGAAGUGCUCAGUAUCCCUUUAAGAACAUUGAGUAUUUGCUCUAGACUGAGCUAGACUGGGUGAUGUUUGUCUUUUCUUGCAGCAGGUUUGUUGUUAAAAUUGUGAAAAUUCUGGUAUUGGUAAUUGUGGAGUUAAUUAAUUUUCUGAACUGCUGGUGAGCAUCUUUCUUUUUGGCACACUUUAAUGCAAUAAUUUUUGCCUGGGUUGUUUUUAACUGUUUAUUUAUUUCUGUUACUGCCGCGAGCAUUUUAAGUAAAGCAAGGGUGCAAGAAUUGAAACUUUCCGUGCACUGAAUAGUACGAGAUCUAAAAUGCCAAGUUGAGGUUGAACAGUUACGUAAUUCAAGCCAUUGAAAGCAUAAAGAGGACGAGGCACAGACGCAACAAGGUUACAGAACCGUCAGCUUUUAUUUUGGACAACAUCUGAACACAUACAAUGUUUCAUGUCGAAGCUAAAUAUAAUUUUAUGGCAGUUUCAUUACUACAUUUAAGUGGACGCUUCUAGGUGCUUCCAGUCAUACAUUUGUCUUUAGGGUGUGAAUUGUGUAUCUACAGUACACACCAAAACGAAUGCAGUCCGUAAGCUUUAAAUGCUUUAAUUCAGGGAUUUGUGGAUGGGUUUAAAAUUUGAAGUAAGUAAGUAAUUAAUUAAGACAUGCUCACUCAACAUAUAGUUUCAUGUGAGGAACAAAAUUAUUUCUACUGUUUUUCUACUGGAAAAAAAAAAAAAAACCAAACACCUUUUAAUAAAGGUGAAUCAAUGUUGACCAUCGUUAUGAUGUAGUCUUUGUUACUGCAGGAGCCUUAUUGCAGUCUUUAAUUCCAACAGGUCUUCCAGCUGAUAAAGGCUGUAAUAAAAUGUUGAAGGGCAGUAGAUUAUCUGUCGUAUUAUGUAUAAGCUCAUAAAUACAAAAGAGGUUUUUUUUAGAUCAGGUGCAGACAAAUUAAAUGGAAAACUAGAGGCAUUUUGCCGGCAUGGUUUGGGUACACCGGCCAUCUUAAAGGGAUUCAAUGCAAAGUUCUUCUCGUUACUUUUUAUCCUAUGACCCCAGACACCUAUGCGAGUGUUUGUAUGCGACCUGUUAGCACUAUUCACAAGCAUUAUUAAUACAAGUUAGUAUUAAAUACCAACUGAAACUAAAAAUGGCCCUUUGUUAACUUGUAGGAUUUAGGCAUCGAAGCUGUUCUGGUGACUUGUAGAAUCAUUGCGCCUUAACUAGACUUUUCCAUUAAUUUGUCACCCAUCUGAACGUCACAUAAAAUGGCCAGCACAUCAUACUAUAAAAGAAAGUAAUAUACAUCACACUAUAAAAGAAAACAGCUGAUUAAAACAAGCAUUCGUUUAUAACAAACACGAUCAUGUUUUGACUGUUGUGUCGUAUUUUCGUCUCUGAACGUUUUGGCUGGAAAUAAACACUCUAGAUCUCCAGA